AUGGCUGCGGAGGAUGCGGCCGCGCGGUCCCGAACCGGAGCCCUGCUCUUCCGCGGGGCUCCGCUCUCUCCCUCCCGCCUGCUGGUGCUCUCCCUGUCCGCCUGCUCUCUGCUCCCAGCCCCGGCGCUCGGCUUGCUCGGCUUUCGGCCGGAGGAGACCGGAGCGGAGCUGUCCGUGGCGGACGGGGUGCUGAAAGCUACCGAGGGGACCCGCUUCAUGCUGCGGGUGUAUUACUCCACCUCCCCGCAGAGGCUGAACCGCACCGCGGCGACUCGCGCCAACAACGCCGCGCCCUGGAUCGCCUUCAUCGAGGAGCCAACUCCCGGGCGAGAAGGACAAGUUCACCCGAAGCGGAACAUGUGCAUGGACAAGAACGCCAGGACGUCCGACAUCGAGGUUUUAGGUUCUUUCAAGUCUGCGUCCAGUCAGAACUCGGUGCUGGUGGAGCUGCUGGCCAAGGACCUGCGGAGGGGGGAGACGAUCAAAUACUACUCCAUGUGCGCCUUUGAUGGAUCCAAAUGGGAACACUACCGGACACGGGAUUUCUGGGUGGCCGUGGUAGAGCGCUCCGCUGUACCGGAGCUGUGGCUGCAGGUGUUGGUGUCCGUGCUGCUGCUCGGGCUGUCAGCUCUGUUCAGCGGGCUGAACCUGAGCCUGCUGGCGCUGGACCCGGUGGAGCUGCAGGUCCUCCAGAACAGCGGCACCGACAAGGAGCAGAACUACGCGCGGAAAAUCGAAUCGGUGCGUCGGCACGGUAACUACGUGCUCUGCACUUUACUGCUGGGGACCGCGAUCAUUAACGCCUCGCUCGCCGUGUGGAUGUGCCAGAUCCUGGGCAUGACCUGGCUCUCCACGGUCAUCUGCGCCUUCGGCAUCUUCUUCAUCGGGGAGAUCCUCCCGCACUCGGUGGCGUCGCGUCACGGUCUGGCCAUCGCCUCCAAAACCAUCUGGGUGACGCGGCUGCUGAUGGUGCUCUCUUUCCCCAUCUCCUACCCCAUCAGCAAACUCCUGGACCUCAUCCUCAACCAGGAGAUCUCAAACUUUUACACCAGAGAGAAACUCCUAGAGAUGCUGCGCGUCACCGACCCGUACCACGACCUGGUCAAAGAGGAGCUCAACAUCAUCCAGGGAGCGCUGGAGCUGCGCACCAAAACCGUGGAGGACGUCCUGACGCCGCUGACCGACUGCUUCAUGCUGGCCUCGGACGUCGUGCUGGACUUCAACACCAUGUCGGAUAUCAUGCAGAGUGGAUAUACGAGGAUACCGGUGUUUGAGAACGAGCGGUCCAACAUUGUGGACAUCCUGUUUGUGAAGGACCUCGCGUUCGUGGACCCGGACGACUGCACCCCGCUGAAGACCAUCACCCAGUUCUACAAACACCCGCUGCACUGCGUCUUCAACGACACCAAGCUGGACGCCAUGCUGGAGGAGUUCAAGAAAGGAAAGUCCCACCUCGCCAUCGUGCAGCGGGUGAACAACGAGGGCGAGGGCGACCCUUUCUACGAGGUGAUGGGCAUCGUCACCCUGGAGGACGUCAUCGAGGAAAUCAUCAAGUCAGAGAUCCUUGACGAGACCGACCUCUACACUGAUAAUCGUACCAAGCGUCGUGUUUCUCAUCACGAGAGGAAGCAGCAGGACUUUUCCAUCUUCAAACUGUCAGAGAACGAGAUGAAAGUGAACAUUUCUCCUCAGCUUCUCCUGGCAACGCACCGCUUCCUGUCAACAGAGGUGGAGCCUUUCAAACCAGCUCACAUCUCAGAGAAGAUCUUAUUGAGGCUGAUCAAACACCCCAGCGUGGUUCAGGAACUCAAGUUUGAUGAGAGGAACAAGCGAGCGCAGCAGCACUUCCUGUUCCAGCGCAACAAACCGGUGGAUUACUUCAUCCUGGUCCUGCAGGGCCGAGUUGAGGUGGAGUUCGGUAAAGAAGCACUGAAGUUUGAGAAUGGAGCCUUUUCUUACUUUGGGGUUCCUUCCAUCAUGCCAACAGUCCACAGAUCCCCCUCUCGCAGUAGUGGUUUGGACCGCUCUGAGUCGAUGCUGUACGGAGGAAGCAUGGGCCAACUGAACGGAGGGGGGAACGCCUACCUGCCGGAUUACUCUGUCAGACAGCUCACACAUCUACAGAUCAUAAAGAUCACCCGGAGCCACUACCAGAAUGCUGUAACAGCCACCCGGAUGGACAGCUCUCCCCAGACACCUGAUGCUGACGCCCGUCUGGCAGAAGCCAACUCCCCGACCCCGGAGCCCCCGGCCGCAGAGCACGGUGCCACGCUGAUGCCCCCGGACCACACCACCACAACCACCCUCAUGCCCCCACCCAGGGAGAUCGGCCGGCCCAGUUCGGCCCGAGCCCGAGGGCAGCAGUCCAGCGUCCCGCACAGCACCUCGCUGCUGAAUGAGAAGAACCGCAUCGUCCGCAGCAAGUCUGAAGGCCAGAAGAGUCCCAGCGAUUCAGUGUUUCUUAGGAUGGAUGAGAUCCCUUACAUCAGGGAGGACAGGCCUGAGACUGAGGCACACACUGACAUGGCCUCUGUUCCCAUAGAAACGGACACGUCUCCUUUCAUCAGCAGCCUGUCCCUGAGCGGCUCAGAGGACACACUGGGCAAGAAACUCCUGCUCAAACUCAGCCACAAGAAGAGGAAAAAAUCCCGCGAAGGAGAAAAGACGCCAGAGGACAAUUCAGAGCAGCCGCUGGUGAAAACCUAGCAGAGUGCGAGUGAAACGGACCCGAACUCUCCAUCAUCUGAUGGUUCUAUAAGUUGUUUGUAAAGACGAUGUGGUUACUACAGCUAUCAGAGUUUUAUCUGAAAACACUCCACACACCCCCGCUGCAGGAGAUUAUAAAGAGGACCCAUCACCGGGACUGAACGCACAGAUGGAAGAAACCAUUCCAUCAAAACAAACGGGGGUCGCAGCUUUGGCAAUAUGCAUCAAACUGUAGCUUGUCAUCGCCACAGGUUUUUCACGCUGAUGCUUGUAAAUAAAGGAAUGACUGCGGAUGUAAAAUGUUUGUAGGAAAAAUAAUAGUUUUUUAUACACUGUAUACCCUCCUCAUGUGAUCACUUCUCCAACGGAGCUCAAAGGAAUGACACAGGACACAAGAAUCGGAUGGAAGACACCAAAGAUGUUGCUGUUGUUGUACAUACUGAGCCAGACUGCACAGGGGACAUCUCGACAGGACAGACGUUACCUGGCAGCUUUGUGUUAAGGCUUUUGAUUUGAAAGGUUGCUUGAUUAUCGCUUGUUUACCUGCUAAUUAGAUCUGUAGUCUAACAUGUUAGUGUAGAAACAUAUUGUUCUUUUUGCCUUUUAUUUAUCUGUGAACAAGUGUUUUAUAUCCAGAGUGUGUCUGGAUGUCAGUUUUUAAAAAUGUUCGUUGCUUCCCAAAAUUUAAAUAGACACACAUCUAACAUAAUAUGGCCAAAAGUAUAUGGACAGCCCUGUUUUUCCUGGUUUGGGCUCAUUACUUACAAUGAACAGAAGUGUUGAGACACCAACAUGCAAUAUUUUGGACUUUAGUGUAACUUUGCAUUUAUAGUUUUUGUAUGUUGGUGUCAGGAAAUAAAACAAAGGUUUAAACACCUGCUCUGCAUCAUCACAGCCAAUUACAGUAUGUUCAAACAGCUGAUCUGAAGAAGCUGACUGAUUGUACACCUUGUUAUUUCAGCAUGUAAUUUUUCUCCAAAUUCUCUUGUGUAGUUUCUGUUUUUAAUCUGUUCUUAUUACCUCUGCCAAAGAGGUCAUGUUUUCAGUUUGUUUGUUUGUUUGUCAGCAGGAUUAUGGAAAAAAUACUGGCCCAAUUUUCAUUAAACUUGGUGAAAGGGUGUAGCCAGGGUGUCUGCAGGUCCUUAAAAAGUCUUAAAAUGUCUUAAACGCCCAGUGUGUAGGAUUUAGGAGGAUAU